UGGCCAGCGGGGCGCCGUACACAGCGUCGUCGCGACACCCGGACGCACCGCGCACCUCGCCGUCAGCCAGCCCAAGUGUGGCUGUCGAGUGCGCGGCGAGCUCUGCCGACGUCAGCGCCGGAGUCCCGUCUCGUGCCGCCAACUCUGAACUCGGCAAACUCGACGUCCUGUAAUUUGGAGCCCCUCAGCAGUCUCUUGUGCCGAGGCCGUCCAGUCCAUCAUCGUCAUUGCGGCGGCGUUGCCGACACACCUCGCCAUGUGGCGGCUGGCGCUCCUGGUCACAGCUUUCGUUGCUCACCAGCAGGGCUUCUGCGUUGCUUCCGACGAGAGCGCCCCCGCACACAGCACCGAGGACCUGAACCACCAGCUCGGACAGAUCGCAGACAUCGACGAGGACAAGCGGACAUGGAACCAGUUCCAGAGCGGCUGGGGCAAGCGUUCCUGGGAUGCGAUGGGCGGCGGCUGGGGCAAGCGGGCCUGGGACAACAUGCCCACUGGUGGCUGGGGCAAGCGGGCCUGGGACAACAUGGCAACAGGUGGUGGCUGGGGCAAACGGGCCUGGGACAACAUGCAGACAGGUGGUGGCUGGGGCAAGCGAGCCUGGGACAACAUGCCCACUGGUGGCUGGGGCAAGCGGGCAUGGGACAACAUGGCAACUGGUGGUGGCUGGGGCAAACGGGCCUGGAACACGAUGGGGGGCGGCUGGGGCAAGCGGGCCUGGGACAACAUGCAGACCGGUGGUUGGGGAAAACGAGCCUGGAACAAUAUGGCGACCGGUGGCUGGGGGAAGCGGUCAAUCGCGGACGAUAACAACAACGACGUCUACGACAAGCGGGCCUGGGACAACAUGCAGACUGGUGGAUGGGGAAAGCGGGCCUGGGACAACAUGCAGAGUGGUGGCGGUUGGGGCAAACGCGCUUGGGACAACAUGCAGACUGGUGGUGGCUGGGGCAAGCGGGCCUGGGACAACAUGCAGACGGGCGGUUGGGGAAAACGGGCUUGGGACAACAUGCAGAGUGGUGGCGGUUGGGGCAAACGAGCUUGGGACAAUAUGCAGAGCGGUGGUGGCUGGGGCAAACGGGCUUGGGACAAUAUGGCCAUGGGUGGCUGGGGCAAGCGGGCCUGGGACAACAUGCAGACUGGCGGAUGGGGCAAGCGAGACGGCCUGCACAACGACAGCGAGGAGGAGCCGGAGACCGGGGAGGCCGUGGAGGCCGUGGAAGAGGAGCGCCAGCCCGAGGAAGGGGAAGAAGUGCAGAGCGUCGGCAAGCGCCCGUCGGACUGGAGCAGCUUGCGAGGUGCUGACCGGGCGGAGGGGCCGCAGGGGCCCCCGGCCGCCAGUCACCCCGGCCCGGCCCCGGCCCCGGGGCCCAAGGGAGCCGUUAGUGGCGACCAGGGACCCCGGGGGGCGCAGGGGCGGGCUCAGGGGCAGGGGGUGGCGGGGGACUCCCAGUAGACAACGCACCAGGUGACGGGGGCCACUGAGGAGGCGCGGACAGCCCGUGCCCCAGCCGGGAGGUCUCCGCCGACUCCGCGGCCACGUGACGCCUUCCCGGGAGCCCUGGUGUAGAGGGGGUAGUGGCGGGGCCUCCGCCAGCCCAUGGAGGCCCCGACGCAGCCCCACAGCCCGCAGCCGCACCCAGUCCGCACCCAGCGCACCGGCCGGCCUGCAGCCUGACGGCCUCCAUGGCCUGACGGCCCCCAGCCCGACGGCGCCGCUCCACCUUUAGUUGCCUCCAUCUCGGCCUUCUCGCCACCUCGACGUGCCCCUUCAGCUUCAGCCGGCCUCAGCCUUCCUUCUGGGAUAGUUUCUGUUUUCACGAGAUAGCGUGUUAUAUUCUUUCCUUCUCGUUUAAGUUUGCAAUUCUUUUUUUCAAAAAGCCAAUCAUUUCAAAGUAAUAAUAAUUUCAUCCUUGGGAACUAGGAGGCAAAAUGCAAUCCAAGGUGCUUGGCUACGGAGACUCUGUUAGGACUUGUUCUCAGUAGUGUGUGAUACUUCGGCGCUCGACGCUCUCGCCGUAUCUCCUCUCCCUCUCUUCUGAAAUUAUGAAUGAUUGCUUCUCAGCCUUGACGCCUCGAGAUUGAGCCACGCCUCUGGGGAAGUCGACCCCACGUUGGUUUCGUUUAUGGCGCCUAAACCGAAUACUAGAAGCGGGCGAGAGCUCUUGGCCCGUGGCUAUAGCUCUUGGCCGGUGCUUCCGCGAAAAGGCCGGAAGGCCAGAAGGGCCUUGGCCAGCCUUGGCGCGGGAUUGGCUCGGGGCUGCCGCGCUGUCGGACACGGGACUCGAUUAGCCGAGCGGAGCGGAGCGCGUCACGCCACGGCCAUACCCCUCGCAGCGCAGCGCGCGCGGAGUAUCCACACUUCAAGGAACCGCCCUUGGAUUGGAACUCUAUUCUGUCUGACCCUCUCACUGCUCUCAACAUUAGGAACUGCUCCAGUCACCAGGAUCGGAUCUACCCCUCCUCAGGCUUUCUGAUUUUGUAAUCACUAUUAUUUGGUGACCCUUUCCUCUGUUAAAUAACAUGUUUCUAAAAACAAUUUGCCCCUCUUAUUUGAGUGAAUCGACCAUUGUGGCUGGAUUGCACCUAAAUAUUCGCCCACUAAUUUGUUCGUUUUUAAUGUUAUUUUAAUUCAGGUUUAUUCUGCUGUGGACCCAGGCAAGAACAAAUCUGAGUUAAAAUGCGGUACUGUAGUUGAUAUCUUCCUGCUGUGUUUGUUACUGUGUACCUAUGAACAAUCUAGUUCAAGAGGAUUAUCUCUAUAAUAAUAAUAAGUUAAGCAAGUA